UGGUACAUACAAGAUGCCAAAAGAAAAACACACUCAAACAAACGUAUGGACACUGACAUCCUAUUGUGGGAACUGAGGAGAAGAUGGUGGCCGCAGUGCUCACCUUGCUCUGUUUCACCACAACUGAACAUGUUCAACUUGAUAACCAACUGCUGCAGCUGGAUCUCCAAGCUCCAGCAACCAAUCAGGAAAGUCAAUGUACUGGUGGUCGGUCUUGACAAAGCAGGAAAAACAUCCACUGUCAGGGGGAUGUUAAGAGUGCCCCCAGUGGACGUGGGUCCAACACAUGGGUGUGUCCGCACAGAGCUGAGAGUGGAAAACUUCCUGGUCACCCUGCUGGACAUCGGUGGGGCCUCGGAGGUGCGGGGGUCCUGGAAGGAUCUCUAUGGGGAGGUCCAUGGGUUCAUCUUUGUGGUGGACUCCAGUGACCGGCAGAGGAUUAAAGAGGUCAAGGAGCUUCUGACGGACCUGCUGAAGCAGCCUAGAGUGGCGGGAAAACCACUACUGGUGCUGGCCAACAAGCAGGACAAGAUGAACGCCCUGCUGGGAAGUGAGAUAAUUGAGCUCCUGUCUCUGGAGAGACUGGUGAACCAGAGCCGCUCUCUGUGCCACAUUGAGCCUUGCUCAGCCUUAAUGGACCUGCGUAGGUGGACAGACAGGAAGACGCUGAGGGGUCUUCGCUGGCUUCUGCGUGCUGUCAAUCUGGAUUACCCAGAACUCUGUUCUCGCAUAAUCAGGGACAUCAGGGACAGGAGACCUCUAGCACCAGAUGGGAGGGACAGGAGUGGGAAUAUAGAGAGGAGCCGCAGCAAGCCCAAAGAGGAAAGAAUCCGUGCCAGCAAAAAUGACCUUCGUAAAGUACAACGCCCUCAAGAAAAGGACCAAAGACCCAAAACUCCCUCACUACAACCCAUUCGAAACAUCUUGAAAAAGGAGAGCACUCUGAAAAAGAGGCUAAAUAAAAAGAAGAAAAAACAGGUGAAGAUUAAGGACACAGAAGAGAAAAGUGAAGGAAGAGAGAAUGCGGAGGAGGAGGAGGGGGAGGAAGGUAGCACAGAGGCGGACCCGGAACACAGUGUGCAGAAAGAGAAGUCCAACAGUCCCCUAAUACCUCCGAAACGAAGGAAGCUGAAACGUAAAGCCAAAGUGAAGGAAGAGACCCAAGAUCUCCCAGAAUCAGUUGACAAUGAAGACAAAGACAAAUCAAAUAAAGGGGACAAGAAGAAGAAGAAAAAAGUGGUGAAAGUGAAAAAGAACAGGAUAAACUCUGAGGAGGUGCCAGGAGCAUACUCCCAGACAGUUGACCUCUCCGCGACCUUUGAUCUUUACCGAAAAGCCAUUUUGGCUCUGAAAGAGCGGCAGGAUCAGGGCCAGUGAGAGGAGAGGGCUGAGAGGGGGAGAGAGAGAGAGAGAGAGUCCUGGGUCCAGUGUGUGACAACGCAGUCUGCUAUCCUGGCAAGGGCAGCACUCCAGUGAUUUAUGAACACGUUGAGACACCUUAGUGACUCACCCUCAGCCUCUUCCCUGCCACCCACCCACCCAGACAGCUACCGGACUGACAGACUGAUUGACAGAGGGAGACCUGCCCUGCCUGCAACCCCUCCACAACCUCCUUUUCCAUUCUAUUACCACACAUUUCAAAUUUACGGAUUACAACUGGAGUUUUCAACGGCAUUUGAAGGACAAUUUCGAAAGACUUGAUGGACGUUUUUCUUAGCUGCCACUGUGUAGGAACUGCAAAGCCAAUGCACCCCCAGAGAAAUGUGUUUUUAUUUUAUCUUACCAAAAUAUGUUAUAUGAAAGAUUGACAAUAUUUAUUUAUUAGUGGUUAUUUAAUUAUCUGCAGUAAAAGUAAACAAUUGUUUAUAAACAUGAUCAAUGCACUUACUCUGCCAAAAUAUUUGAAUCCCAACUCCUAAAUAUGAAUAGAAUUUAUCUGUUUAUAUUGUAAUUUCGAUGGAAAGGGAGACAUGCUUUUGUAAUGUUUGUUUGCUUUUUACAUGACUCACAGAACCAAUUUUUCAACAACAUAAAAUGGUCAGUGAAAGGAAAAUAGAAUUUUAAGAGAACACCACCACCAGGUCAAUUUGAAGAAAGAACAAAUACAAAACUGAACUGUACAAUAAACAAUC